UAUUAAAUGAAAAUAUUUCUAUGAAUAUGGGAGGAAAACGAGUAUCUAUUGACAAUAUCCGGUACAUAAUUGAAAACUAUCCUAGAGAUAAACACUUAUUAUGCAAGAGCUUCCUUGAAUCUUCCGACAAAAUGAACUUCAAUGCAAUAGACAAGUUAAGUUCUGAACAUGUCACAAAUAUGCUUAAGGAAGUUCCCAACGCCGAAGCUACAAGGCAAUAUUUAAUACUGACUCGCAACAUAUUGGAUGCAUUCUUGUUAAAAGAAAUUAGUGUUGAAAGACGAGUAUACCUAAUUUGGUAUUCAACUUUUUUCAUGCGUAUUUGGAAAGCCUGGCUAAAAAAAAAUGGUGAAAAUAUCCAAAAGAAUUUUAUCACCACAAAUGCCUAUACAUGCAUAGAAAUAAACGCUCAUGGAAUUAUUUUAGUCAUUGAAAAACUUCGGCAAAAUGGAAUUUCAGAAGCUUUUCUUCCAUGGCUGUAUAGCAGUCAGCCAUGUGAAAAAGUAUUUAGAGAAACUCGGUCCAUGAGUAGCACAUUUUCAACUAUGAUAAAUUAUACACUGCUGGAUGUUUUAAGAAGAUUAAAACGUAUACAAGCUAUGCAUGAGAUAAGCACAGACUUAGGUAAAUAACAUAUUGGCUGCUAAAGUUAUUUUAAUUCUCGAUUUGAUCAAUCCUUUAUUUUCCAGGUCCCAAUUUUAGAUUCCCCAGGCAAGAAAACAAACGACUUGGAAAUAAUUCAAGUGUCUUUAAAGUAACUGAGUUUCCAUCAACUGAUGAAAUGAUUAACAUAAUUAAAAAGGCCCAAGAAGACGCACUAUCUGACGCUAAAAAAAUUGGGAUGGAAAUGAACAGGGAUUGUUGUAUAGAAAUUAAUUUACCGACUUGUGACAAUCCGGAAGAGCAAGAAGAGGUGCAGGGAAGUAUAAUUAUCACUGAUACCAUUUCAAAGGAACAUGAGCCAGACCUCGAG